AUGGCUGAUCGUCGGUUUACAAUUCAGACUGAAUCUCGUGGUGUGAAUACCAUGAAAACAGCAGCACCAAUGAAUGCUGUACGUGAUGAUAUCCAAGCACCACUUACUGGUACUGGUUCAUCACCAGCUCAUACAACAGCAACUGUUCCUGAACGUCGUCCAUCUCAAGCAGUUUUUCGACGUUUAUCAAUGUCUAUGGGUAAUAGUCGAAAAUCUUCAAUGUUUCUUUCACCGAAUCAACCUCGACCAAAUACAUAUCGUAUGGAACCAGAUAAUGAAUAUCGUUUUCGUCCAUAUAAAGUUCAAUCAAAAAUACUUGAAGUAUUAAUUGAACAAAUGAAAGAUCAAACAUAUAAUCCAGCAACUGUACAUGAACUUAUUAAAAAUGUUUCACGUAGUGUUAAUCAAUUAAUCAAAAAUUUUCAAUUACCACGAUAUAAAAUUGUUAUUCAAACUAUGAUUGGUCAAAAAUAUGAACAAACUUUACGUAUUGGAUCACGUUGUUUAUGGGAUCCAAAAACAGAUAAUACAGUAUCAGUUAAUUAUGAAACGAAAGAUAUGAUUGCUGUUGUGAUUGUUCAUGCUAUAUAUUUUGAGUAA